AUGUCUUAUAGAGGCGGUGCCAAUGCAUUUGGUCAACAACCAUCAUCCCCAUCACCAUUGAACCCAAUCAAUACAAAUUCUGCAUUCAACUCUCGUGCCGGCAACAAUGGCAGCAAUACUACUGGAUUGAAAAAGUUUCAAAAAAGUUUCGAAGCUUUUGCUAAUAAGGUUGAAGAUUAUGCAGACCAUCCUGUAAUCCAUAGAUUGAAACCAUAUACUCCAUCAAUUGCUAGAUUUUUCAUUGUGGCCACAUUUUACGAAGAUAGUUUUAGAAUUUUAUCGCAAUGGAAAGAUCAAGUGUUUUACUUAUGGAAUUACAGACAUAUCCCAUAUUUCUUAGUUAUUUUAUUUUUAUUAGCAGUUGUUGUUUCUAUGGUUAUUGGUUCCACUUUAAUAUUACUUCCUCGUACGCAAAAAAGCUACACUUUAUAUGCUUCCAUUGCAUUGAUCUCUUGUGUUAUUUUACAAGCUCUGGCUUAUGGUUUAAUAAGUGGUUUUGCUUUUGUUCUCAGAAAUAUCAGUGUUAUUGGUGGGUUAGUAAUUGCUUUAGGUGACUCUAUUGUUACACAUAGAACUACAUUUGGAAUGUUACCUGAAUUAACCAGUAAAAAUGGUGAAAAAAGAAAUUAUUUUUUGUUUGCUGGUAGAAUCUUGAUCGUUUUGAUGUUUAUCAGUUUUACUUUUACUAAGAAUUGGUUUACCGUUGUAUUAACCAUAUUGGGGACUGUUUGUAUUUCAAUUGGGUAUAAAACCAAGUUUGCAUCGAUUAUAUUAUUUGCUAUUUUAACUUUUUACAAUGUUUCUAUUAACAAUUACUGGUUUUAUGAUAGCAAUAAAAGAGAUUUUUUGAAAUAUGAAUUUUACCAAAACUUAAGUAUUAUGGGUGGUUUAUUAUUAGUUUUGAACACUGGUGCCGGUGAUAUCUCCUUAGACCAAAAAAAGAAAAUAUAUUAG